CAAUGUUCCUGAGGCAACCAGAAGCGUUGUUUGGGACAGAGUGACCAGUACUGCCCCGCUGAUCGUGCCUGGAUGACCGCCCAGUGACCCUCCCUUCACUCUACCCGCCUUCCUGCUCAGCCAGGCAGUGGGCACCAUGGCACAAACGGACGUGCUCCUGACUAAGGAGCCAGCCCCACAGUCAAUCCAGGCCUGUGAGCUGCCGCACAAAGAGUAUGAUGUGGCCUGCAAUACUGGUGCCUACACAUCCUCGGGUCUGGCCACCGCUGGCUUCCGCACAGCCAAAUACCUAAUGGACGAGUGGUUUCAGAACUGUUACGCCCGCUACCACCAGGCCUUUGCAGACCGGGACCACUCUGAGCGGCAGCGGCAUGAGAGCCGGCAGCUGGCAGCCGAGACUGAGGCGCUGGCUCAGCGCACGCAGCAGGACUCCACGCGAAAGGUUGGAGAACGCCUGGAGGACAUGCAUUGCUGGAAGUCAGAGCUGCAGCGAGAGAUAGACGAGCUGUCUGCCGAGACUGACCUGUUGCGGGCCCAGAAACGGCGGCUAGAGCGCGCCCUGGACGCCACUGCUGUGCCCUUCUCCAUUGCCACCGACAACCUACAGUGCCGAGAACGCCGCCAGCAUCCAGACCUUGUGCGGGACUACGUGGAAGUGGAGCUGCUGAAGGAAACUGAGCUCAUCAAGAACAUCCAGGAGCUCCUGAAGAGGACCAUCUCACAAGCCGUGGGCCAGAUACGGCUGAACUGGGAACACAAGGAGACCUGUGAGAUGGAUUGGUCAGACAAAGUGGAGGCCUACAACAUUGACGAGGCCUGCUCCCACUACAACAAUGAGAGCACCCAGGUGCAGUUCUACCCGCAUUCCGGCAAGUUCGAGGAGAGUGCCUCCACUCCCGAGACGUGGGCCAAGUUUACUCAGGAUAAUCUGCUUCGAGCCGAACGCGAGCGGCUAGCUUCGGUUAACCUGCGGAAGUUAAUUGACUGCAUCCUGCGGGAUACGGCCGAGGACCUGCGGCUGCAGUGCGAUGCAGUGAACAUGGCUUUCUCACGCCGCUGCGAAGAGCUGGACGACGCCCGCCACAAACUGCAGUACCAUCUGCAAAAGACGCUGAGGGAGAUCGCUGACCAGGAGCACCAGGUGGCAGCCCUGAAGCAGGCCAUCAAAGACAAGGAGGCUCCUCUGCGUGUGGCCCAGACCCGCCUGUACCAGCGGUCACUCCGGCCCAACGUGGAGUUGUGCCGGGACGCUGCACAGUUCAGGUUGCUGAGUGAGGUGGAGGAGCUAACCAUGUCCCUCAACUCGCUGAAGGAGAAGCUUCAGGACGCCGAGCAGGCUCUGCGGAACCUGGAGGACACACGCAUGAGCCUGGAGAAGGACAUUGCCGUCAAGACCAACAGCCUCUUCAUCGACCGCCAAAAGUGUAUGGCCCACCGCAACCGCUACCCCAGUGUCCUCCAGCUGGCCGGCUACCAGUGACUGGGGCUGGCACCUGGCCACAUGAUCUCAUCCAAAUAAAGAGCACCUUAGUUUCCCACCUA